GGAUGCACUCAAGAUUCAGAUUGUUCUAAUGGCGCUACUCCCCUCGGUCCUGGUGUUGGUCAUUGUUAUAAUGGCCAAUGUUAUCUGUGUUAUAAUAGCUGCGUUUAUAACACUGUAUGUAGUAAGUUUGCCUCUCCAACUUUUGCAGCUGUAUGUGCUUCCGAUGUCAAUUGCAUUGUCAAUCCCCCUCCUCCUCCUGGUGUUUCUAAUUGUUGGUGUUGUAGUGGUCCCGCAGCUACAACUUCUACAUCCGCAAAAGCUAAAACUCCUACAACCGCAAAAGCUAAAACUUUUACAACCACAAAAGCUAAAAUUUCUAUAACCGCAAAAGCUAAAACUUCUACAACCACAAAAGUUGCUACUACUAUUACUUCUACUAUUACUUCUACUAGUACUCCUACUAUUGCUUCUACUAUUACUUCUACUAUUGCUUCUGCUAUUACUUCUACUAUUACUACUAUACCUACUCCGGGAUGCACUCAAGAUUCAGAUUGUCCUAAUGGCGCUACUCCCCCCGGUCCUGGUGUUGGACAUUGUUAUAAUGGCCAUUGUAUUCUGUGUUAUAAUAGCUGCCUUUAUGGUUCUGUAUGUCAGAGUUUUGCCUCUUCAAGUUUUGCAGCUGUAUGUGCUCCUGAUGUCCAAUGCGCUGUCAAUCCUCCUCCUCCUCCUGUUGCCAAUUAUCGAUAUUAA